AAAUUCUGCUUGAAGGACUGAAAAAGGGCAAGAAUAUCCCAGAAUGGGCAUGAGUAGCUUGAAACUGAUGAAGUAUGUCCUGUUUUUCUUCAACUUGCUCUUUUGGUUCUGUGGCUGCUGCAUUUUGGGCUUUGGGAUCUACUUCCUCCUGGUCCACAAUUUUGGAGUGCUCUUCCAUAACUUACCCUCCCUCACUCUCAGCAAUGUGUUCGUCAUCGUGGGCUCCAUUAUCAUGGUGGUUGCCUUCCUGGGCUGCAUGGGCUCUAUCAAGGAAAACAAGUGUCUGCUUAUGUCGUUCUUCAUCUUGCUGCUGAUUAUCCUUCUUGCUGAGGUGACCUUGGCCAUCCUGCUCUUUGUGUAUGAACAGAAGCUGAAUAAGUACGUGGCUGAGGACCUGACAAAGAGCAUUCACGGUUACUACUCACACAACAGCACCAACGUGAUGUGGAACUCCGUCCAGUCAUUUCUACAGUGUUGUGGCAUAAAUGGCACGAGUGAUUGGUCCAGAGGCCCACCACCAUCUUGUCCCCGAGAUCCAGAAGUGACGGGUUGCUAUAAAAAAGCAAGACUGUGGUUUCAUUCCAAUUUCCUGUAUAUUGGAAUCAUCACCAUCUGUGUUUGUGUGAUCCAGGUAUUGGGGAUGUCCUUUGCACUGACCCUGAACUGCCAGAUUGAUAAAACCAGCCAGGUCUUAGGGCUGCGACCUGAAACUGCUCUGUGCUGGAGAGACUUGUUUCAUCUCUGGAAAUCCAAAGCCAUUUAUAGCAUGAAGUCCUAA